AUGUCUUGUGCAAGAAGUAAAAAUACUAGGCACGAAAAUAAUAAUUCAAAUAAUUCUCUGGGCAAUGAUCAUUUUAAGUACACACGGAAUCACAAGAUCCGUUACGAACAGAAUGUACCGCAUCAGUAUGCGAGUAAUCUCAUGCCUGUUAAUGCAGGCGAGCAAAAAGAUCGUUUUCUUCGGCGUAACAUAACCCCUGAAUUUCACCUAAAAGUUAUCCCAGGAGAGUUAGAAUCUGCUAUAUUACAUGAUUCUGGACAUAUUACUUUCACUUUAUUUAGAGAAGCCACUCGAAUUUUAGAUACUGUUUGCAGGAAAUUUAAAAGCAUUGAUAAUUUUGUGGAACAAAGUUUUGGACCUAGAAUUUCUGUGGAAGAAGCAACCCAAAAGAUAACUGAAUAUAUAAAGGAGGCGAACUUGCCAACAAACUUAGAGGUUAUUUGGUGUGAAGAUUUAAUAGGAAGUGCUCUGAUGUGCAGUACUGGUAUUGAUAAAAAUGGUAACAUACCCAGGCACAGAAAAUUCACAAUGCUGCUGAAAACGAAUGAAGAAAACACAUACUUACGUGAAAGAGGCAUAAUGUGCCUGAUGGAUCAUGAACUGGGAACACACUAUCAUAGGUCAUUUAAUGAAGGUCUUCAACCAUGGUAUGGCAAAAGAGAUAUCUACGGUCUUGGGCCAACGAACAGUUGUGAAGCAGUGAAAAUUGAAGAAGGUCUUGCCUGCCUACAUACUGUACUUCGUUCAGAAUAUCGUUAUUUGGGUGUACCAGCACUUUUAUACUAUGGUUCUUGUAUGGCUGAAUAUUUACCUUUCAAAGAAUUAUUUGAACAUCUUGGAAAGUAUGUAUCGAAUGAAGAGCAACGCUGGAAACACUGUAUGCGAAUUAAGCGUUGUUUACCCAGUCAAGAUAAGUGUGGUGGCUACGGAAAGGAUCAAAGAUAUUUUGAAGGAGCAGUUAAAAUCCUCCGAAAUCAAGCAAACGUAGACUUCAAUCUUUUAAUGGCUGGUAAAUUGACCCUGGAAGAGACGAAUAAAGUUCGUCGAUGUGCCAUUAUGUCUGCAGUUCGCCUACCAUUAUUUAUGCAAGACAAAGAAAAAUAUUUGGCUAGUUUACGUACAAUAGCUCGGUUAAAUGGGAUUAAAAUUUUAGAACAAAACCAAGUGUCAAAAGCACCAAGUUCUGUGUGUUCGCGUUCAUCAGCUCCUGUAAAACUUUCACCGCUGUCUUCAACAAGUUCAUUUCUCACUCACAAGCCUAUCAACCAGUCGUCAGCUAGUAGAACUUCACUUGGAGAAAAAAAAGAUGAUAAGAAAUGCGAUAAACCAUCUAUCCCGUACAAUCGAUCAUCAAAUAUGCAAACACCAUCCGAAAAGAUUCAACUGUCACCAGCAUCCACCGAACUGUCAGCUAAUCUUUCCAAAUUAAUAAAAUCAAGCAAAAAAAAACAAGACCCUGAAGAGGCCAUCUCACCUACAAAACUCAACGGCGGUACUUCACUUCAUAGCCGUAUGAAAGGUAGACUUUUAAAGUCGCUGGACAGAUUUGAAAAUACACGAAAUGAAUUCAGCAAUGCAUUGACGUUUAUCGGAAAUAAAGACUGUGCGGAGAAAUCGAAAAAGCACAAGUAUCGAUUACUUUCACGUAGUAGUCAUAGUAGUACUGCGCUAUCCAAACAAUCCACUGACAACAAUCAACCAAUUCACAACAACAAUGGUGGUGUUGACAACUUUGAAAAUGGUAUAAAAUUUCUACCCAAAGGUGUUUGCGGUUGUCAACUGUUUACGCAUGGUUCUUUUAAGUUCCCAGUGGAAAAUACCGUGGUGGUGACCGAUGAAAAUCCUAAUUGUACUGCGUCUACUGCGAAUGGUAUUGAUGAGGAGAAAAAUGGUAUGGACAAUAACCCGAAUUGUUUAAACAAUAUCAGGGUACCUGUAGUGCUGGAAAUUGAUCUACGGCAUCCAGUGGUUGGAUUAUAGGAUCGAUUUAAUUUAAUCUAUGGAUUAAUCAAUUAAUUCAUUAAUUCAUUCAUUAACUAGCCGUUAGUUAAUUAAUGGACAGUGUGGCUUUCGCUUAACAUCUCUCUUUUGCCCUGGCAAAUUUUCUCUGAUUGGCAUCCCUGCAUCAUCUCUUAGUUCGUAUAAAUUCAAGCCAUUUACAACAACAACCAGCAACAUAUUACUCAGUAAAAUCAGUUUGCAAGGCGGUCACAAGACAG